UCUAAAUAAACCUCACUUAAACAAGUUAUACCUUUUCGAUGUGAUUGUACCAUGUUUGAGGGGUGAUUUCUCAUGUAUUUUUACACCAAUGUUAUUCACCUUAAGGGCGCGGCAAACGACUGCCUUAUAUAAUAUGUCUCAUCCUUAAAUCUAUGAUAAUGUUACAACUUACACUCAUUCAAUACAAAGACUGAAUACAGAUUGGACUUGAUGUUUUUUAGGACACUGUUUAAAAAGGCAAUUUUUAUCUCCGCUAACUAAAAAAACAGCAGACAUCUUUUUUAUUUUUUAUUAACAGGAAAAAUAUUUCUCUAAUAACAUUGGCUGUAUAAAUCAAUUACCAUUCCAAGAACGCAGAAAGAACGUAUAUUGUCAAAAAUGACAUUUUACUGUUUACAUUCUAGUGUAUAGAAUAAGUAUUUAUUAUGUUAAACAAAAAGAAAUAAAUUAGAGUAGUGUGUCUUAGAAUGUUACGGAAUUUCCUAAAUUGUCUUCUUAAAUGUCUUAAAUAACAUACUUCAAAGCUCAUGCCACUUAGGACAAACGUUAACGAGGCUAAAUUGUCGAAUGAAUGAACCCAGAGUCCCCCAAAAUAAUAAGGGCUGGCAGGCAAUGGAUAUUUAUUUAUUUUCAAAUGGACAAGAGAAUUCCCCGCCUCGAAAAUACCACCUACAAACAGACGAAUUACAAUUCUGGCAAGCUACCAUACAUCAUUUGGCACGUUCACAGUAUGGUCCCACGCACUCUACCAUAGAUUUAUAUACUUUGGACGGAAAAAGAAUUGCGAGUCCCCUGGAAUUAGUUGACGCUGCCACAUACGUGGCAGUGACACCACCGGAUGCGUUCAUUCCCGCGGGAUAUGAACAAUACCUUAUCAAGGCCUCCAGGUCCUGGGAAAGAAGACAGGAGAAAUUAAUAAAUGCUGGCAAUGGAAGAGUGGAGACAGAAAUCAAAGAGGAGCAAUCCAAAAUAACCGCCGAUGAAUCUAGAUUCGUAGAAACCUCCAACUCUCAGAAUCCCCAAAUUACUAAAGAUAAGGACCAGGAUAGCAUAGGUACAAAUAACACAAUAAUGUCAAGACUUGGAAAAGAAAAUGAAAGAUCUUUCGAUAGGAAUAUUUCCACUGCCAGAGUUGAACAAGUCCCCAGCAGGAAAUAUACUGACAUUGAAAAAUAUAAGAGCAUUAGGAAAGUAACUGCACAAAUGAGCAAGACCAACAGCAAAGAAGAUGCUUUAAACAAGAAAAAGAACAUGUCAGCAUUUAGAAAUUCCAAAAAUAUAUCGAGCAGACGACAGUCCUUAAAAAACGAUCCAAUUUUAAACAAAAACAACAACGUCAUUAAAACUUCUAAAGAAUUACCACCAAACGUUGAAAAAACUAUGAAAGACAUGGAAAUAAAAGAUACAAUAAUGUUGUCAAAACCCGAGGACUUCCACAGUGAAUUUCAAUCAAGAGAACAAUCAAAAAGUGGGUUUGAUAAAGGGAUCAUAGUUAUAUCCGAUGUUUACAAAAAUCCCGAGAGUGAAGUUCAAUCUGUGUUCAUUGACGCUGAUCGCAAAAAUCCCCGAGAUUACUUGCCGAAAGAAAGAUUUAAAUCCACCGAUCUCCAAAAAAUUGUUGAAUUAGAAGAAAAUGAUAACGCAAUGAAGACUAACAAAGCCUCGUCAGCGCAUAGCGGUACUUGUUUCAACAUGAGACCGGAAAUAGCGACGUCGUUCGGAAACAAAAAUAAAGUGUUCAACAUAAAACUUAACAUUGAAUUACGGGACAACAGAGAUUCACUUGGCGAACAGAAAAGCGGUCACUUAAUAAAAUGCAAGUCUGUCACUGAACUGUUCAAUAGAGAUCAAGGGUCGCAGGCGACUAUUGACGUUAUUUUAAACUGUGACUACAUAAAAACCCAUGACGAUAAUUUAAUUCGGAAAUCUAUGCUGACAGAAAACACAUACUUGUGUGACAGCAACGAUCCGAAAAUGACUAAAAUGAAAUGUUGUUUAGAUAGAAACAGUACACUCAGUAAAGGGAAGGAAAAUUACGUACUUUUUGUUCCAGCUGCUUUCGUGGACAAAAACUUUGAAUGUUGUAGGUGUAAUUCUACAAACAAUCAGGAUAAAGAUCCAUCACGACUAAGUUCAGUCGUCGCUACCGAUAGUAUAGACAUAAAGAGUGAUGCAGUGUCAAGAGAUAAUUCCCAAGUAACAAUAAAACAUAAAGUCUCGAUAUGUCCGGACAGUCCAGUUAAAAUUAGUGCGGAGUUGCCUUCGAUCCAAGAUAAAGAUGUUGAUCCUAUACCAAUACCUCAAAAUACUCCACAACCCAUUACAGUUUCAACCAAAACAGAUAAUUAUACACAGACAGACUGGUGCGAUGUUUUGUUACAAGCGUGCCCCCAAGGAAACGGGUUGUCUUCUUUUCAUCUGCCUCCGUUGCGCGUUUUGGUUCAAUAUAACUUAUUAUAAA